AUGCCGUCCUCGUGCAAAGACAUUCGAGCGGCACUGGCCCAAUGUCUUGAAAAUUCUGACUGCGUGAUGGUCGAUCGCAACAAACCAGCUGAUUGUCUCCGGUAUCCACUGGUCGAAACACUACCAACCCGAUGUCAACGGUUGAAGAAAGGCUACGGUGAAUGCAAGCGGGGAAUGGUUGAUAUGCGAAAACGGUUUCGUGGGAACUACCCUGUUGCUCUUUCUGUGGAAAAUGAAGGGGGAGGCGGAUCUCGUCAAUUAUACGGGGGGGGAUCUGCACUUAGUGACCCUCCAUCUGGCACAAAGGCUGAAGGUAAGGAAGGGGGGAAGUGAAAUUAGAAGGUAGCAGUUAACUUGAGUUGUCGGAGUUUUUGAGUUACCGGUAGUAUGCAUACAUCGUACCGUUCUUGCGCGUGUACCGUAUACACAUAGGUGCGGGGCUUAGUUAGGCCACUCACUUUUGUAUGAAUCGUGGGAUUUGAGACAUUCAGAUCGGA